CAAGGGCCGGCGGGAGGCUCUCACCUCCAUCCCUGCUGUUUGCACGGUGGCAGCUGUCCGGGCUGCACUCACACACAGGGCCCACAGCGAUGCUGUCCAGAGCUGCCUGGAGCUUGGUGCUGAGAAGAGGAGGACCUGGAACUCGAGGGAAACACAGCCUAGAAGGCUCUGCCCCCAGCGAGCGGAGGAUGCCGCCCUACGCCAACUACUUUGCCCAGCGCUCCUACCCCAUGCCAGACGAGCCCUUCUGCACCGAGCUCACUGCUGAGCAGCGGGCCCUGAAGGAGAAGGAGAAGGGCAGCUGGACCCAGCUGAGCCACGCCGAGAAGGUGGCCCUGUACCGGCUGCAGUUCCACCAGACCUUCGCGGAGAUGAACCGUCGCUCCAACGAGUGGAAGACAGUGAUGGGCUGUGUCUUCUUCUUCUUUGGAUUCGCGGCUCUGCUGAUUUGGUGGCAGCGGGUUUACAUGUUCCCCGAGAAGCCCAUCACCCUGACGGACGAGUGGAAGGCUAAGCAGCUCCAGCGCAUCCUGGACAUGAAGGCCAACCCCGUGCAAGGCCUGGCCUCCCGCUGGGACUACGAGAAGAAGCAGUGGAAGAAGUGACUCCACCGCCCCCGCUGUCUCCCUGCAGCGCCACCCUGGCUGGAGCCUUCCCCGCCCCUCAGCCCCAGUAAAGCUGGUCUGUUCUUUUCUGCCUUUAA